GUCAUUGAUACAUACCUAUUCAUUGUAGCGGUAUAUAUGUAAGAGUGAAUUAAUUGUGAUUGUAUAUGUGCAAACUAAAAUUUUAAACAUGAGAGUUAUUGUAACCUUGGCCUUAUGCUGUUUUUUCCUAUUCCUACAAGUACAAUCUAAGAUGCUGAAAAUAUGUAUCCCAACCAAAAAGAAAUUGAGUGACUUAGGAGGAGAGCAUAUAUCGUUUGAGAAAACUCUGGCUAAAUUGAGAGAAGAGAAAGAUGAGGUAAAUAUUACCGGAACAUUUCCAGUACAUUUGGAUCUACCGGAUGUAAUAAGUGGUGACGUAAUCCUUACUGAUUUAACAAUUAGUGGCUUUCUUGAUACCAGUAUAUGCCUAUUUCCAUCUUUAAGAGUACCUGUGAAUAUCACCAUUAAUACCUUAAAAAUUCAAGGAAAAAAUUACAAAUUACAAUGUACCGUAUCGGAUCUGAUGGAUUUACAUGGAGAUGGAGAAUUCGAGAUUAAUUUAGAGGGAGUUUCCUUUGCCGUAACGGAUUUGUUGCCAUGGUACCCACUCAAUUGUGUGAGGGUAAAUUUGGGGACGAAAUUACAGAAAAUGACGGCAAAGUUCGAUAACAUGAUGGAUGGAGAUGAAGUAGUGCAGCCGUUAAUAAAUGCAGUCAUUGGUGAUUUAGCUCCCGAUUUUGUUGAUUAUUAUUGGCCAAUAAUAUAUGAUGCAAUGGAGCCCUUGAUACAAAAGAUCAUUGACAAAUAUGUCAAUAAAGUUGAGUUGGGAAAUCUUCUAGCCCACCUGAGUAAAGAGACAGGUUUACAAAAAGACAAUAAGAAAAACUGUUACAAUUUGUAGUGAAACAUACCUAUAUACAAAUAAUGAUAAUUCAUUCACUUACUUGAUUGACAUUAUAUAAUUGUUUUGUUCAUACAUUAUGCAUAUUUGUUAAUCACCUUUUUGUCAAACAUGAAUGGAUCCAAAAAAUUAAGGCAUCGAAAGAU